AUGAGCGAGAUGAGCGAAAUAAAGGAGGGAGAUGUACAGUUCAUCUGUGUUGGGUCUUUGGAUCAGAGGCAGAGUCAGAAUGAGAAUCCGAAACACAUCCACAUCCACAGCCACAUCAACCCACCACAACCGGCGAAGAAAUCGAGAUCAAGAAACAAAUCCAAAGUGCCGCGUCCAGCCAAUGCAUGGAUACUCUACCGGUCGGAAAGUCUAGCGAAGAUCAAACAGGAGCAAGCGGCCGCGAAGCCGGCACAGUGUCUGAGGGAGUCACAGACGGAGUUGUCGAAAAAUCUGUCUGCGCGCUGGCUGAAUGAGACGGAGGAGGUGCGCGAGCACUACCUCGCCAAAUCUGAGCAGGUGAAGCGGGAGCAUAAGCUCAUGUAUCCCGAAUACCAAUACAAGCCGCGCAGGAAAGAGAGUGGAGGUGUGCGCUCCAAGUCCGCCGCGAGGGGACAGCGGCCGGUGAAGAGCGGGCGGGGUGCGCAGAGCGCACGUAGGAAAGAGACAGACGCGCACAGAGAGCUGGAGGAGCUUAUUAGGGAGAAACAAGAAGCAGAAGUGGCGCGCGAAAAGGAGAUGGAAACGGAAAUGUAUGAGAAGAAUGACAGCGACAACGAACAGGACACUAGCUACAUCGGCCAACGCCGCGGGAGAGCGAACGCACAAACCAAAAGUAGAAACAGCCUUAGAAGGAGAGAGGAGGCGAGCAGAAACCAUGAGGAUGACAAGAAAACAACCUUACACGCUGGUAAUACUCUCGCGGUUGAUCUCAGCUUUGACGAGGCACAAGUGAAGCGAGAAAUAGAUGAGAGUGAGAAUCAGCUACCAGCAUUCACAUUCAGCGACACAGCAUCGGCGUCUUCACGUUCAUAUCCACACUCGUACUCACAGUCACUGUCAUCACCACCCUCAUUCUUACAGUCAGAGCCAUCGAGCAGCUACACGCAGUGCAAGCACUACGCGCACCCAACACACCCAGAAGACAUGUACAUGUCCGCCAUACCGCCCUACCUGCGACUGGAAAUGGACCACUACAUCAAUAUGGAAGAGAAGGAAGUGAGUGGGAAUGGGAGUGGGAGUGGAUGGGUGUCAGAUUCCGCACUAGACGUGUCAAACUCAGACGCAAACCCGCAAGCCUCCUCACUCUCCAAUCUGGCUUACGAUCCAGCGGUAAUGCUCGCACCGGCAACAGCGGCAAAUCUGGCUAACGAAUGGGCUGCUAUAGACAACACAUGUCUUGAAUAUGGUCUUGAUUUCACGCGGCAUGGGUAUGGUGACGACUUGGGUGACGCAAGGAUGGAUUUCGAUUUCGAUAUGGUGUUGGGGGAUGUAGAUGGCAGUGAGGGUGUUGACGGUAGUGGUGCUGGUGGCAUUGGCGAUAUUGGCGAUACCUACUAUCACAACGACAAUUUCAACUACAUCAACCAGGUCUUCGGCGAUAUCCCUUCACAACAUACCCAGAGUGUACCUAUCGACAUACCCAAGGCAGAAGCAGAAACAGAGGCACAGAUGUUCAGUUAUAUGGAAGCACUGCCGGGAACAACGCAGGAAUCAAGCAGUCAUGGAGUGAUUGUUGGGGCGGGAUUAGGCUCGAGCUGCUCGUCGACAUCUACAUCCACCUUCUCAUCAGCCAGCAGCGUCCAGCCUUACACACACGCGCUGCCAGAUACCAUCGACAGUGUUACAAACCUCAGCAAUGGGUUGGACGAGACGCAUAUCACCGACGGAACCAAGAAACUCAUCAACGACUACCUGUAUGAGAGUGGUAAGAGUGGGGUUGGGGGUGUGAGUCAGUUGCAGUCACAGUCGCAGAAUCAAUCGCAAUCGCAUCACCACGCUGCACCUUCGUAUCAAGACAUUUUUAGAGCUUUUCAGAGAGAAAUAUAG